UCAAACCCCUUUGUUUUAUCAUUUUCUUCUCUCCCAUUAUUCCACCAUCUCUCUUCACCAUGACAACGCUCCCCCCUCUCUAAACACCACCAAUCUCCCCCAAAUUCAUCACACUUAUUCAAAUCUCCACUUAACAGCCCACUCAUGGCAGCAGCCAUCGCUUCACUAUGCUUCUCCGCAUUGACCAGUCAAUCUGCUUCCGAGAGAAAGCUCUCUGCUCCGUCUCUGAUCUCUAAUUUCGAUGCGUCUCGUCUCCGGUCAAGUCACGAUUCUGUCGCGGUUCGUGUUUCGCAGAGUUCUAGUUCGGCGCGAUUCGUUGUUCGUUGCAUGGCUUCGGCUUCUACAGAUGUACCCACUGUGUCUGAAACAAAAGCCAAUUUCCUCCAGGCCUAUAAGCGACCAAUUCCAAGUAUUUAUAAUACUGUGCUGCAAGAGCUGAUAGUGCAACAACAUCUGACGAGGUAUAAGAGGACGCACCGGUAUGAUGCAGUAUUUGCUCUCGGUUUCGUGACUGUGUAUGAUAGACUCAUGGAAGGAUAUCCAAGUGACGAGGAUAAGGAGGCUAUCUUCAGGGCAUAUAUUAAGGCAUUAAAAGAAGACCCGGAACAGUACAGGAGCGAUGCACAAAAACUUGAAGAAUGGGCUCGUUCUCAGACCGCCAAUACCCUGGUUGAUUUUUCUACAAAAGAGGGGGAUGUUGAAAGUAUUUUGAAGGACAUUUCUGAAAGAGCUAGGAGUAAAGAAAGUUUUAGCUACAGUCGUUUCUUUGCAAUUGGCCUGUUCCGUCUUCUUGAGUUGGCAGAUGCGACAGAACCUACCACUCUAGAAAAGCUAUGUGCCGCUCUGAAUAUAGAUAAAAGAAGUGUGGAUCGUGACCUUGCUGUUUAUCGUAACCUGCUUACAAAGUUAGUUCAAGCAAAAGAGCUCUUAAAGGAAUACGUGGAGAGAGAGAAGAAAAAGGCGGAAGAAAGAACAGGACCGCAAACGGCCAAUGAGGCUGUUGCAAAUUGUUUGGGGGAGUACCUGUACCUUGGAUUAUAGUUCCAGUUUUUACGUCCAGCUUGGUAUUAGAUAUGUAAAGUGUAAGACCCUGCAUACCUAUCUUACAGUGAUGGCGUUGGGGCCUCAAGGUUCAGUCAGCUUACAUAACAGAGUUAAAUUUUUGUUGUAUAAUUGCGAUUAUUUUAUUCCAAAAUGGUAAUUUGUUUACAAUCAUUGUUGACCACUGCCUGUUGUAUCAUGCUGUAUCUAUAAGUACGUCUAUCAAAAUUCUCAUUUGCCUUUGGUAUUUUUUCUUUA